ACAGAGCAGCAGGCGGACAUAGUUCACCUCAACCGCGGACGACCUAACGUGGGAUGCGCUUCUUAGCCUCGACUGGUUUAAAAGUAAACAAGUCUAAGUGUGCUAACCGGGCUGUCAACUGCGGACUUUUAAUCCAACAGGCGAACCUUUCAGGACGCCGGGAGGACUCCUAACAAGAUGUCAAUUUUGCCUUUCACUCCCCCCAUCGUCAAGAGACUUCUGGGCUGGAAGAAAGGGGAGCAGAACGGCCAAGAGGAGAAGUGGUGCGAGAAAGCCGUGAAGAGCCUGGUGAAGAAGCUGAAGAAGACGGGCCAACUGGACGAACUGGAGAAAGCCAUCACCACCCAGAACAUCAACACGAAAUGCAUCACAAUCCCGAGGUCUUUGGAUGGCCGCCUGCAGGUUUCCCACAGAAAAGGCCUGCCUCAUGUUAUCUACUGUCGCUUGUGGCGUUGGCCCGACCUGCAGUCCCACCAUGAGCUGCGAGCAGUGGAGCUGUGCGACUACGCCUUUCACACAAAGAAGGACGAGGUGUGCGUCAACCCGUACCACUACCAGAGGGUAGAGACCCCAGUACUCCCCCCCGUGCUGGUGCCCAGACACACAGAGAUCCCCAGUGAGUUUCCACUUCUGGAUGACUACAGCCAUUCAAUCCCCGAAAACACCAACUUCCCUGCUGGCAUCGAGCCCCAGAGCAACUACAUACCAGAAACGCCCCCACCAGGCUACCUCAGUGAGGAUGGAGAGACCAGCGAUCACCAGAUGACCCACAGCAUGGACACAGGCUCCCCAAACCUGUCUCCCAACCCGGUUUCCCCCACACACAAUAACUUGGAUCUCCAGCCUGUGACGUACUGCGAACCCGCCUUCUGGUGCUCCAUUUCCUACUACGAGCUGAACCAGCGGGUGGGAGAAACCUUCCACGCGUCACAGCCCUCGCUGACGGUGGACGGCUUCACGGACCCUUCCAAUUCGGAGCGUUUCUGCCUGGGCCUGUUGUCCAACGUCAACCGCAACGCCGCAGUGGAGCUAACGCGGAGACACAUCGGCCGUGGAGUUCGACUCUAUUACAUCGGAGGGGAAGUCUUCGCCGAGUGUCUCAGUGACAGCGCCAUCUUUGUUCAGAGCCCCAACUGCAACCAGCGCUACGGCUGGCACCCCGCCACCGUCUGCAAGAUCCCACCAGGCUGUAAUCUGAAGAUCUUCAACAACCAGGAGUUUGCCGCCCUGCUGGCCCAGUCGGUCAACCAGGGCUUUGAGGCCGUGUACCAGCUGACCAGGAUGUGCACCAUCCGCAUGAGCUUCGUCAAGGGCUGGGGCGCCGAGUACAGGCGACAGACGGUGACCAGCACCCCCUGCUGGAUCGAGCUGCACCUCAACGGCCCCUUGCAGUGGCUGGACAAGGUGCUGACGCAAAUGGGCUCCCCCAGCAUCCACUGCUCCAGCGUCUCCUAGGCAACCUCACACACCUUCCCCGCGUACGUGGGGGGGACGAGGGGGACUGGAAAAACAAAAAACGCACCAUCCUUUCACUUCAUACUGCUUUUCUUCAUCCCCGUCAGCUGUCAGUAGCACUUUUUAUACUUUUUAUACGACAAAA